AGUGGUUGAACCAAACAUAACUUGACGACGUGAGUUGGCGUGUUCAAAGAAAAUUAAACGAGUCAAGCUUUUGUUCUUUGUCCAAGAACAUUAGAAUCUUCCAAGAAGUUGUCCACGAAUAUAUAUAUAUAUAUAUAUAUAUAAAUAGAUAUAUAUAGCGCAUCGAUAUCAUUCUCAAAUCGGCAACACAACUUCACCCCCUCCUCCUCCUCAUUCAUCAUCACAAUCAUCAAUCAUCAAUCAUCACCAUCAUCACCAUCUUCUUCUUCUUCAUCAUCAUCAUAAUCCGCCAUGGAAUUAUCACCGAUGAGAAAAUUACCGGCGAAGAAGCUAACAAGACGAAGAACGAAAAGGGUGUGGAGGUUGAAGCUUAAGCUGACGUGGAACGCCGUGAAGAGGUCACUGUUAUCAACCAUACCCAAGAACCGGGUCGGGUUUCAUCUUCCGGGUUGCGUGUCAACCAAGAAGCAACUCUCACUCGUAAACCCUAGUAAUGAUCAAGAACUCGCCCUCGUGGCCCAAAAGAUCAACGAUUCCGACAAAAACUCGUCCGGUCCGACCAAAACCCUAGCCUUUCUCCUGCAGUUACCGAAAUACUCCGCCUUGGAUUUCAUAGACCGAGGAGAUCUAAUGACUCCAGCAGCUUCACCUAGAGAGAAUAUAUCGAAAAUGUGGAGAGAGAUUCACGGUUCGAACAACUGGGAGAAUCUUCUCGAUCCUCUCCAUCCAUGGCUGAGAAGGGAGAUCAUCAAGUACGGCGAAUUCGUUGAAGCCGUGUACGAUUCUCUCGAUUUCGACCCGUUAUCCGAAUUCUGCGGAAGCUGUAGAUACAACAGGAACAAGCUCUUUGAAGAGCUUGGCUUGGCCAGACAUGGUUACAAGGUAACAAAAUACAUUUACGCCAUGUCGCACGUCGAUGUUCCACAAUGGUUCUUGAGAUCUGCGUUGGGCGAGACAUGGAGCAAAGACUCGAACUGGAUGGGGCUUGUCGGCGUGAGCUGCGACAGAGAGUCUCGUCGGAUUGGGAGGAGGGACAUUGUUGUGGCCUGGCGUGGAACCGUGACUCCGACCGAGUGGUUCUUGGACCUCAAGACGAAGAAAGAGCCGCUGGAGAGGAACGGGACCCACGAGAACGUCAAGGUUCAGAGCGGGUUCCUAAGCAUUUACCAGUCGAAAGGGGAGAAUACCCGUUACAAUAAACAGAGCGCGUCCGAACAGGUGAUGGAAGAGAUUAAACACAUGGUGAAAUUUUUCCGAGACAGAGGUGAAGAAGUGAGCGUGACCAUAACCGGGCAUAGCCUAGGAGGAGCAUUAGCACUUCUCAACGCCUACGAGGUUGCGAGAGACAUUCCAGCGCUAUCCAACAUCUCUGUGAUCUCAUUCGGAGCACCGAGGGUAGGUAACUUGGCGUUCAAGGAACGUCUUAACCAUCUCGGCGUGAAGGUUCUACGGGUAGUGAACAAGCAAGACAUAGUCCCGAAACUCCCGGGAAUCGUCUUCAACAAAAUCCUCAACAAGAUCAACCCGAUAACUUCGAGGCUCAACUGGGUCUACCGCCAUGUCGGGAUCCAGCUAAAGCUCAACGUCUUCAAAUCGCCAUACUUGAAACAAGAUUCAGACCUCGCAGGUUGCCAUAACUUGGAAGUGUAUCUCCAUGUCUUGGAUGGGUUCCACAGCAAGAAAUCCAAGUUUAGGGUUAACGCCAGGAGAGACGUUGCGUCGGUGAAUAAGAGCACUGAUAUGUUGAUGGAUGAGCUGAGAAUACCGGAGUUUUGGUACCAAGUGGCUCAUAAGGGUUUGAUUCUGAACAAACAAACCGGCCGAUGGGUUAAACCGUGUCGCCGGCCAGAGGAUAUUCCUUCGCCGUUGCCGGUGGGAACACUGGAGGUUCCGUGGUGAAUUCCGACAGAAUUUUUUUUU